AUGACUCCUAAAACGAGAUCAUAUUGCUUGGCGAAUUUCGCAAACUUAGACAAAACUGCAGGUCUUGCUCCGGACAAUCUCAAAAAUCAAGCCGAAACCAAGCCGAACGAAUCCCCGUCGAACCCCGCCAGCAAGCUCCAAAGCACGAACCAUGUGAAAUCUAUUGCCCAGGCCGAUGCUGAGCUUCGAGAGAGAAUGGAACGAAUGUCUGGAGAAGGAGGUGCUGCCGGAGUAGAAUACGAAGACGGCAAACCAAGUGCCAUGAAACGUGGUGUGCGAAACAACAUGUUCCGGCUGAUUUGA